AUGACUUUCGCCUCUCGUUUUGAUGUUCGAGAGCUGUCCAGGCAGAACAAAAUAACGCAGCAGAUUCUGGAGGCGUAUAUUCAAAAGAAGCUUGGUCUGGCGAGUACAAAUGUUAGGGCGCCAUCCAUUUUCGACAUACUACCAAUGAAGAAGACCGAAGAUCGACCGAUUCGGGAGUCAUCAGCCAACAGUAGCACCGACACAUAUGAUCUCAAUUACCAAGAACAAUCUGACGUUCCUGAAAACCAGGAUUAUGUUGAAGACGACAAUUUGCAAACUGUUGAAAGCGAACAAAUAGAUUCUAUAUAUUCAGAAGGUAGGAGUAAGAAAUACGCUGGUCAGACAUACGAAAACGAACUAGAACCGGGAUAUCAUUGUUCGAGUUGCAACGAAGACGAAUUAGGCGUGACGAGAUGGACCAUGCCUUUACUCAAAUCUGGUGACAAAAGAUACUAUCUGGGGAUAUUCUUUAAGGCUAACUGGUUCAAAGCUCAACAAUACUGCAGAUUCCACGGCAUGCAUCUCGCCUCGAUUUCAUCACAAGAAGAGAAUGACAGAUUAGAAAAAUAUGUCCGUGAAUCAGGUUACGGCCGUGAACAUUUCUGGACAUCCGGUACCGAUUUGGCUGAAGAAGGAAACUUCUUCUGGCUGGCUAACGGCAGACCUUUGACCUUCGUCAACUGGAAUGCUGGAGAACCAAACAACUUCAGAUACGAAAACGGUGAAGAGGAGAACUGUUUAGAACUAUGGAACAGGGACGACAAGGGUUUGAAAUGGAAUGACUCACCAUGCUCCUUCGAAACCUACUUCAUCUGCGAAGUACGAACCGAUUAA